UGCAAUGGAUAAUUUCCAAGAAAUUAGACUGGAACACAUCAGGCUUUCAACAAUGGAUGAAAUUGCUCUUUUGUUCUGUGUAAAGAACUGUUGUAGUAAGCAGUCACUUUAUCUAUGUAAUUGUAUGCUUGGGAUUGAAGAACGAGAAGAAGGAUGGAUAGCAAAGCUAUGGAAAUGGUUAUUUCCUCUGAACCCACUGAUGAAAGAUCGGAGAACUUCAUCUGCAUAGUCAUUGUGUCAAGGACUGAAGGAUCCCAACUGUAAACUAAAGACAAUAGUGUAAGCAAAGUCCUCUCUGACAGUCUUUUGUUAUUGCUGCUAUGCCAGGAGUUGGGCAGCAAUGCAUUUCCACUCAUGUCUGGUAUUUAUCUCCGAGCUUCAAAUCAUAUUUGUCCAGCUGCAAACUCUCAUUUGCUUUCCCUGAGGACCUCUCCCCUAAGACUCUCUUUACAAACAAGUCCCUGGAAAAGCUGGAUCUGAGUGCUAACACACUGGGAGAGUUAGGACUGCAACAUCUGUGUGAGGGACUGAAACAUCCACACUGUAACCUGCAGACACUGCUGUUGUGGCAGUGCAGUCUCACAGCUGCUUGCUGUGGGGAUCUCGCUGCUGCCCUCAGUACAAACCAGUGCGUGACUGAGCUGGAGCUGAGUGGGAAUGAACUGGGAGAUUCAGGAAUUAAAGUUCUGUGUGAAGGACUGAAACAUCCCAGAUGUAAACUGCAGAAAUUAAUGGUUUGGGAUUGCCAUCUGACUAAUGCUUGCUGUGGAGAUCUCUCCUCUCUGCUCAGCACAAACCAGUCCCUGAGAAAGCUGAACCUGAACAGUAAUAACCUGAGUUAUUCAGGAGUGAAACUUCUGUGUGAAGGACUGAAACAUCCAAACUGCAAGUUAGAGAAGCUUGAUUUGUCAGAAAUCCACAUAGAUGAAAUAACAACCAAAGAAUUUGAAGUUUUGCUGAAGAUAAAACUUGGUUUGUCAAUUGUGCAUAAUGCAGCAUCCAGCCAUCAGAACCCAGGCCAAGAAUUUCCUGUAUAUGAAAUGAGUGUCACUGAAGCAGCAAUGUCUGUCUGA